GGCGGGGCCGAGCGGCGCUGCCCUCUCGCGCGGAGGGGUGAAACCAUCGAGAAGGAGGGCCAGAGAGUCAUGGCGAGGGAUUUCAAAGUGUCUCUGGGCCUGUAAGGUUUGCGGUUGCCCCUUCAAGAUGCCCCUCACAGACUUUGUGCUGGCCCUGCAGCACAAUCCCUACUUUGGGGCUGGCUUCGGGCUGGUGGGUGUGGGCACAGCGCUGGCCCUGGCCCGGAAGGGCGCCCAGCUGGGCAUGUUGGCUUUCCGGCGUCAUUACAUGAUCACGCUAGAAGUCCCGGCCCGGGACCGCAGCUAUGCCUGGUUGCUGAGCUGGCUCACCCGCCACAGCAGCCGUACACAGCACCUCAGCGUCGAGACGUCCUACCUGCAGCACGACAGCGGCCGAAUCUCCACCAAGUUCGAGUUCAUCCCCAGCCCUGGAAACCACUUUGUCUGGUAUCAGGGGAAAUGGAUCCGAGUGGAACGAAGUCGAGAGAUGCAGAUGAUUGACCUGCAGACGGGCACCCCGUGGGAGUCGGUCACGCUUACCGCCCUGGGCACUGAUCGGAAGGUUUUCUUCAACAUCCUGGAGGAAGCCCGGGAGCUGGCACUGCAGCAGGAGGAAGGGAAGACGGUGAUGUACAGCGCUGUGGGCACCGAAUGGCGCUCCUUCGGCUACCCACGCCGCCGCCGGCCCCUCAGCUCCGUGGUCCUUGAACAAGGUCUGGCCGAUCGAAUCCUUCGAGAUAUCCGGGAAUUCAUCGAUAACCCCAAGUGGUACACAGACAGAGGCAUCCCCUACAGACGCGGCUACCUGCUCUACGGGCCCCCUGGUUGCGGAAAGAGCAGCUUUAUCACGGCCCUGGCCGGAGAGCUGGAGCACAGCAUCUGCCUGCUGAGCCUCACGGACUCCAGCCUCUCCGACGACCGGCUCAACCACCUGCUCAGCGUCGCCCCGCAGCAGAGCCUGGUGCUGCUGGAGGACGUGGAUGCGGCCUUCCUCAGCCGAGACCUCGCGGCCGAGAACCCCAUCAAGUACCAAGGCCUGGGGCGCCUCACCUUCAGCGGACUCCUCAAUGCCUUGGACGGCGUGGCGUCCACCGAGGCGCGCAUCGUGUUCAUGACCACCAACUACGUGGACAGGCUGGACCCGGCCCUCAUCCGCCCCGGGCGUGUGGACUUGAAGGAAUAUGUGGGCUACUGCUCGUCCUGGCAGCUCGCCCAGAUGUUCCAGAGGUUCUAUCCAGGCCAGGAUGCAGCCUCAGCCGAGACCUUCGCCGAGCGCGUCCUCCAGGUCACAACGCAGAUCAGCCCUGCGCAGGUGCAGGGUUACUUCAUGCUGCACAAAAACGACCCCUCGGGGGCCCUGCAGAACCUCCACUCUCUGAAGAGGGAACUGGGCCCACGAGGCGCACAAUAAACGCCUGCCACCGCC